GUCGCUAGGUUUGCCGAACCAACUCCUCAAACGAGACUUAGAAAGAGAAGAAUACAAAAAAGUCCUUUUUGCCCUUUGUCUUUCUGCUUUCUUUCGUUGUUUUCCUGUGUUCUUGUUUCUGAAUGGCGAGUUCUUCCAGAACAACAAAAUCUAGCGGACUAGUGCUUCGUUCUUCUCUCUUACCUUCUACCAAAUUCUGUUCUUAUUCAACGUCAAACGCACAGUUUCGUUCGUCUUCGUCAAGCUUCUUCGACAAUUCUCACUCGCACGUGCCGCAACGUUCGACUUCCCCGACGCGUGUCAACGUAAUCAGCACGGCGCCAUCUCCCUCCGUCCGGUUUGCCCUCGACCGGUCUAUCUCCCCGAGCCGGACCGUGUCGAGCCACGUAAUCGUCAAGAAACACCACCGCCACGUUACGGUUCAGAAGAAAACGUGCAUGUGUUCCCCUACCAAUCAUCCCGGUUCGUUCCGGUGCAGUCUCCACAAGAACAGUCAACACGCACCGGCUGGUUCGUUCCCCUCAAAUCGACUCAAUAUGCGCCGGUCCGCGAUGAAAAACUCGCUCGUCAGAAUCGGAGGCGUCGAAGGUGAGUGGGUGAAACGCGCUCUCACUGCGUUGAUUCGUCCUUCUUCGCACCAACAGAGGAGAAGAUCAGCCUUCGAACCGAGACCGAGUCGUCUCUCGAUCAUGUCAAAAUCCCACGAAGAUCUAAUUCCAGUUAACAAUGGAAUUGACGGAGUUUAUUAUGUUUGCCGUUGCCAUUAAUGUUCCAUCGCGUCUGUGUGAUGAUUUCGUCGUGGCUGCUGUUGCCGUUGACUCCGGUUAUCUUUCGUCCCCUUUUUUUUGUGUUGG